AUGUCAGCGAAAAGGUCCUCCCGGCCUGCUGGUGCUGAGGACCCGGGCGUUGGAGCUGCUCCUGGUGCUGAGGACCCGACCGGUGGCGCUGCUGCUGGUACUGAGGACCUGACCAGUGGCCCUGCUGCUGGUGUUGAGGACCCGGGCGUUGGAGCUGCUGCUGGUGCUGAGGACCCGACCGGUGGUGCUGCUGCUGGUGCUGAGGACUCGGGCGUUGGAGCUGCUGCUGGUGCUGAGGACUCGGGCGUUGGGGCUGCCACUGGUGUCCCUGCUGCUUCUGGAGACGCUGCGCGGCCGCGACCUCACAGUUACCGCCUGUCUCGCCUCUCCCUGCUCCCUCCCCUUACGCUGGUCCCACAGGAGGUCUUACAGAGCGUCGUGAGCCUGAGUCUCGUCCUGCGUCGCCUGUUCGUACUGCUCGCACUGGUCGUCGUGUCCCACGUGAGCGUCCUCCUCCUGUCCCUGGCACUCACUACAUGA